UUGUGUUAACACAAUGGCGAUACACACACUCCUCAUUUAUAAUUUACUAAUGGGUCUUACGAUGGGCUCCCUGAACUGUCCCACUGGAAAAUCGAAUCCCCUGCAGUUUCACCUGGUUCGUCAGUGUCAACGAGCCUCGGCGGAUGAUCCAUUGGCCCUGGAAAAUACUUCCUCCCUGCAGGAUUGCGUUAAUCUGGCUCAUGAAAUGCGGGGUCUGGCCUUGAACUACGCUCCAGGAGGGGCGAAAAGGAGAAAAAACAUAUACGAUGAGAGGUCCUUUGGUAAGGAGAGUCAGAAGCAGCAGCACAUACGGAGUCGUUUGAGUGUUUUCGAACAGCCAGGGGAGUUUUUCAACUGCCAUGUACUGCAGUGUCCUCAGAAUAAUACUUUUUCUGGUAUGGUCAACGAUAGUCGCUUCGAUUACUACAGUUUAUAUGGCAGGCCAACAGUUUUGCAGAACUACAGCUGCCUACCGGAGGUGGGUCUAUUUGUGGUAUACACCCAGCCCAGUGCCUACUUGAAUGCCUCCUUGACCUGCUCCAACUCCUCGGAGUAUACUGGUAGUCUGGCCCACAUAGCCUCCGAAUACAGAACCAACUCCUUGGCUCAGUGGUUGCUGGAGUUCAACAGAAAGUCCAAGCCCCAAGGAGAAGAGGCAAAUGUCUUCCUGGCCUAUGUGGGAUUGGUGUACAACAGCUCGACUUCCUUGAGCCACCUGGAUUUUCGGAACUCCCAACAGGAAAGCCUGCAGUGCUUUCUUUACAGGGCCUGGGAUGCAGGUCAUCCUCGUCAUGGUCAGGAGCUAACCAAUGCCAGCUGCGUGGCCCUGACGCCGCAGGGAACCUGGCAAACGCUCAACUGUGACCGGGAGCUGCCCUUCAUCUGCGAAAUCCACACAGCCAGGCCAACUUCCACCUGGGAGCACUCCGAUUCCGAGCUGGACAUAGGGCCAAAUGCAGUCUUCGAGUGCAAGGGCAACGAUAACGAUUGAGUCUAUGGCAGCAUAAAUAUUC